AUGCCUACCAACAACUUCACCACUUCCCCUUCCAGCCAGCAUUAUGAUGUCGUAAUCAUUGGAGGUGCUACUAGCGGCUCCUCCACUGCCUGGCAUCUCAGCCAAGAUCCUGAUUUCAAGGGGUCAGUCUUGGUAGUCGAAAGAGACCCGUCUCUUCAAUAUUCGGCUUCAAAGGCAAGCAACAAUUGCAUGCGACAGCAAUUUGCAACCGAGAUUAACGUCAAAAUUGCUCAAUACGCUGCGGAUUUUGUGAGGAAAUUUGGCGCCGAAUUUGGCCCGGAUCCUUGUGUUCCAAACCCUCCUAUCCGCAAUUUCGGCUACCUGUAUCUGUCCGACUCUCCUACCUUCACGGAAAUACUGCGGGAGGACCAGCAGCUACAAGAGAGCUGCGGUGCAAGUACGGCUAUGAUAUCUGCUGCUGAGAUUAAGAACAAGUAUCCAUGGUUCAAUAUCAAUGACCUUGACUCUGGGAGCUUGAACACCAAGGACGAAGGCUGUUUUAAUGCUCUUGGCAUGACCCAAUGGAUGCGCAAGAUUGCAUGUGAGAGUGGUGUUGAAUAUAUCGACAACGAAGUCGUCGAUAUAGGAGUUGAUGCAAGUCGUGUCAGCACUAUUACCUUACGCAGUGGCGAGACAAUCAUAGCCAACAAUGUGGUCAACGCUGCUGGCACCCGUGCUGCACCAGUAGCCUCGAUGGCUGGUAUACGAGUCCCCAUUGAGGCUCGUCGUCGGUAUACCUACAUCUUCGAGGUGGAUGAUCCGCUGCCCGAAGAUUUGCCACUCACAAUUGAUCCUUCCGGCGUGCAUUUCCGAUCCUAUGCUGCAAAGGAUUAUCUUGUAGGCUGUCCGCCAAUUGGUACCGACAAUGCAGUUGAUGUUGAUGACUUCAGCUUUGCUGAAGAUGCCUGGGAAAAGAAGAUCUUGCCUGUAAUUUCUCACAGGGUCCCUCACUUCAAAUCUGCUCGUAUCACUGAUUCAUGGAUGGGACACUACGAGUUCAACACCUUUGAUUGCAAUGCCAUUGUCGGUCCACACAAAACCAUUUCCAAUUUCUUCUUCUGUGUUGGAUUCUCCGGACACGGUAGUCAGCAAGCACCCGCUUGUGGACGGGCCAUUUCUGAACUCAUCGUGCAUGGUCGGUUCAAAACUUUGGAUUUGGGUGUUUUGUCGUUCUCUCGUAUCCCCGAGGGUCGCCCAUUGACAGAGCGCGCAGUCAUCUAG